AUGAAUGACCAAGAGCUCCAGAUCCCUAACACAGAGUCUGUGGAUUCUACGACCACCCCCGUCUCACCACCUGCUUCUACUCUGAUCGAUCACCACGCAAACUCAGACGACCAAGUCCUGAUUCACGGUCUCUCGGAAACCCUUGCUACACACCCAGAGGACAUCACCCCUAUGCAUGAUAAUGUCUCUCCACAACAGAUCUCCGUUCCGAAUGAUUCGAACAUAAGGGACAGUUGUAUCAUAUUUCAGUCUGAACAGAAACGGAUAGACACAAGGGCCGUCGGUUUCUAUUCUGUAUGCAGAGCGUGGGCUCUCGAAAUUGCCUCUAUCAUUCUCGGGAUGUUGGCCUUGGUUGGUAUGUACGAUCUUACCCCAUAUAACUACCUUUUCUACAGGAUUAACGCUUAUCAAUUGAUUGAAUGCCUAAAGUCAUAAUUGUGACCCUUGCACAAUUUAAUCACAGAAAAUUGCCAAAUUGGCCACUCUCUAUUACGCUGAACACUCUGGUCGCGUUCUUGGCGACAGUUUCAAAAGCAGCUCUUUUAGUCCCAGUAUCUAUGGCAAUAAGUCAGUCACAAUGGGGUUGGUUCCAACAGGAGCGGCCACUUUAUGAUUUUCAUGUUUUCGACCAGGCCAGCAGGGGGGUCUGGGGCUCCCUCUUAUUUCUGAGACGAAUUCACUUCCAGCAUUUUGCUAGUAUUGGGGCAGUUCUCAUGGUCACGAGCCUACUGACGUCCCCUAUCACUCAACCUUCAAUCAGCUAUCCAGUCAGAAGUGUGGCUGUUCAAGGAGAAGCAAACACUGGGAUUGCCCAAUCAAUUUUCUAUCCAGAAAAUGCGAUCAAGAGAGACGACGUUACUCGAGUCAUCAACUUGGCAACAUCCUUGGAUACUAGCGGCAACUUUUCGACUCCUAUCGGGAUCAACGGAGCUUCAUGCUCCACGGGGAAUUGUACAUUUGAAACCUAUAGCUCGCUGGGUGUUUGCUUAAAAGUGGCCAAUAUCUCCUCCGAGUUACGCAUUGAGCAGGUCCAAGAUAAUGAGCCAUUGGGUAUACCGUUACUCGAUGAAGGCUUUGGCUACGGUCCCCUUCUAAGUCCUGGAGGCAGGAUUUGGAAGGUGUCUCUUCCUGGUGGCCCGGCUCUAGCAGGCCUAUAUGGGUUUUCCAUGGUUGUAGAUGCUUUAAACGGAAAUAAAAGUAUCGGUUUCCAGACCAGCAGUGAUCUAAUACGAACCAGACUAGUGUCUGUAGUACUUAUCUUCACGAAGCCAGUUCUGAGCAACUUGUCACUGGUGGACCCCAUACCCAAGGACUUGAGAAUCCUUAUUAACGCAACCACAGUAUUCAGUAUGAGGCUUUGGAAUUCCUUUCCAUCUCUGCGUUCAAUCAUACGACACAAGUAUCAAUAUGGGUAGGGAAAAUACUAGGUUGAAGGACUCCUGUGCCCAACCAUUCAAACCUGGACCUGGAACUUUCUUAGAUCUCGACUGCAAUUCAAUUCUAGAUGACGUUCCUUUAACUUGUCUGCCUAGGGAGGAACGGAUGAAUGAAACAUUGUACUUGAUUCCUCCUUAUCUUAACGCCGAGGGUGUCAAUGCUUCUGUUGGAGAUAAGACAUUCGGAAUCGAUUAUUAUUCCAUGGAAUCAAUGGCAGAAGCCAUGGCACGUCAGUUACAAUGUUAUCAAGGCGUGUCUGAUUCCCCCUCAGAAGAUCCUAGCCUUAUUGCUUAUGGCCAACUUUUCGGGUCUCAGCUCUUCACCCGAGCACUCUUCGCACCUGAUGGGUUAAAAAAUGCUUCAGAACGCGAUAACCGGGUCUUCAAUAUUUGUACAAAUGUCGCUACUCUAAUUUCAUCACAGUCAGUUCAACCAUAUAGGCCAAGGCUUCAUUCAUCUGUUCUUUGUUAACCACAAUGGAAAUAUUAGUAUGCGCACUGCUCCUCCCCCUGAUUCCAACAUAAAAUUCAUGAAUUUCACCGGCCAGGCUUGGAGAGAUGAGUCUUAUGUGCUUAUCAAUUGGGGCUGGAUUUCGUUCCUGGCUUGCGAAGUUUUGAUUUCAGCUAGCUUCCUGCUCCUUACCAUCAUGUCCCAAUCGCUGCAGCAACGACGCUACCACGGAAAAAGUCCUCUGCUAUACGAGGACUCUAAAGACUCAUCACGGAAGAGAAAGAGAAUAGAGUUUAACAACAAUGAAGCUGCUAGGGCCCGACAACUCAACACAAUGAAUACGAAAGACUCAUCACUUGCUACGCUUGUAGCCCUAAGUAGCCGAUGUCGUGAUAUGGUGGGUGGAGGGCUGAGGCCUUUGGAUGAGCUCGAGAUUGCUGCGAAAGGGUUACAGGUCAAGCUUGACGGCAAUGAAAUUGCUCCCGCCGAAGCAUGUUAA